UCGCCUGGAUCCAGAGCUCUUACAACGCAUCCUGGGCCUGCUUCCGAUUUUAUCGGGCGCCUCUCACGUGCAUCGCACGCGCACGGACGCACACCAGCGAUAAGGGGUCUCUGAAACCAUAGUCUCCCCGUCGCCUCUCUCGAUCUCUCUCUCAGCCUCCUCCCAUGGCGUCCUCCACACAUCUUCUCCCUCCCAUGGACAGGGUUUCUCCGGAACGACCGGAGAAAAAGCAGAAAUUGACGAGUGAAGGAUCAGACGAGGAAAAUCGGAAGUCGGUGAGCGAAGGAUCGGGGCAAGAAAAGACGGACUCCUCUGAUUGUGGCAUGGCCACGCGGUAUUAUUACGAUAACGGUCUCUUUGACUGUGAAGGGGAAUCGGAAGAGGAUUCGGAUGGUGAUUUAAUGAUGGGUGCACUUGUAGCAUUUUUACGGGGCAAGUUCGACUUGGAAGGACCUGAAGCAGAAUACUGGAGAGAAUGUGCCGAUUUCUCAGAGUUGGCACUUGAGAAGUACAAUAAGGAUCAUGGAACAAAUUAUGAGCUUGUGGAGGUGGUCAGGGUAAACGCGCGGGGUGUUGCUGGUGUAAUAUAUUAUAUAACCUUUACAGCCAAGGAUGCUGCUGCUGCUGAUGGUGUUCCUAAGGUCUUUCAAGCAUGUGUGAAGGACAUGAUACGAACUGGUGUGGAGGUCAGUCUUUGCAGGCUUAAGCCUGCAAACUACUGAAUUAGAGGUGA